GACGACCUCAACAUCGCACUGCUCAACGUCCACGGCCUCCCAGCCACCCUCCACCACCCCUUCCUCACCGCACCCAUCGUCUCCAGCAACACAGACAGCGACACCGACCCCAUCCCUACGCGCCCACUCUCCUUGGCCUCAUGCGGGAAUCCAACUUCGCGUUGCCAGCCCAGAACCGGGCCUGUGUCUGCAUUACCUCCCAGCUUUAUGACAGACGAGCUCUCGACACGAACUCUCCCCUCCCCUUGUUCAACUCCCUAACGCACCUAACCUACCUCACCUCGACGUCACCUCGCAUCCGCGAGACGAUCAUCAUGGACGGCGGCAUCGAGCGCCUCGUCCGCAUCCUCCAUGACUUCUGCAUGUGCCCUCCGCCCUCCGAAAACCCCAUGCUCUUCUAUGGCCUAUCACCUCCCUCCGCACACCCACCGAAGCUCGUGCCUACGCUGAACCCCAAAACAUUCGACAGGCAAGCGCAAUAUCGAUUCACGCUCGCCUUCCAGUGUAUUGUCAACAUCGGUGUGCGUGGCAGCGAAUUGAUUCGAAGUCGGGUUGUACAAGCAGGUACGCUUGACGUGGUAGGAUGCAUCCUGGAAGCAUGGCUGGCGGGACGGGGGUUUGCCGUGGGUCCGAGCGUGAGCGCAAGCGGAAUGCCGAGGGAGACGAAGGAGCAACGGCUCGCGAGACGGCAGGCCCAGAUGGAGGCACGUCAACGGGAACAGGCGGACCAACUGGCGCGAGCACUGCAACAGCAAGUCAUCGAGCCCACUCGACGUCUGGCCCCGUUACCGCCAGAGGAUGAACCCAUGGAGACAGAGCAAAUGUCACGGAACGACACCCCGGGGGACUCAUCAUCAAACACCACACCUGGUGGCACCGACACACCGACAGGGGCAGUGAUCAUUCCCAGUCGUGAGCGCAGUGGCACCGUCAUCGGCCGCCCGACAUGGGAUCAGCAACCAGCAGGUCCCCCUGGGGCCACUCACACACACCGCCGGGUAUAUCGGCGGCGCGAUCCUCCUCCUGAAUCUGCUGGCCCGUCGACCUCAACUUCGGCGGACAACUCCAGACCAGAGACCGAGACGGAAGACGACGGGGAUGUCGACAUGGACCGUGAAAGUGUCCAGGGCGACGAGGCGUCGACGUCGGGUACGCCACCUCCCGAGCGGCGCGGGCCGACUGGGGGCACGAUUCGCGCGCCGACCGUGCAUACGCGUCGCACGGUGGGCAUCGUGUCGGAUGCUGGCAAUCCCGCAACCGCAGGUUCUCUGGAAAUGGACAACGACGUCCAUAUAGUAAUCAACGAUCAGGGGGAAAAUGGUGUCGAGGGUGUAGGUGUCGAGGACGGGCUGGUGUCACUCGAGACGAAUGACGACUUCGCGAUGGGCGCACCACCCGGUGCACCUGGCGCGAUCGAUGGCCCGCCUGCAAGAAUGGGCCCCGAUCCGCCCAUACCUGGAGAGCGAACACCGAGGGCGCCCCCAACCGCUCUCCCGCACAACAUCCCAAUCAACGUCCCCGCCGUCCCGAACGCCAACGUAAGAGUCACCACUGCUGACCCAGCGACGACUCGCGCCGGCCGCACGCACGUCAGUCGUGGGACGAACACCGGUGGCCCAGGCGCAAAUCCCGCUGCAGGCGCAGCUGGCGGCGCGCACGGGCACCAUCACCACCACCACCACGUGCGCGAGUCGGAGGGCCCGUACCGCGACGACGACGUGCUCCUCAGCCUGCAGCUCCUCGCGUUCCUCAGCAAGUACCCGCACGUGCGGCAGGCGUUCUACAAGCCCCGCUCGACGUUCCACCCCGCGACGGCGCAGCUUCCUGUAGGCGACGGCCGGUUCGCGCAGUCGUCCGCGGCGGGCCCGAGCAACAAGGCGGGCGUCGGCGCGGGCGGCUUCGGCCCCAUUGGCCCCUCGAAGGAGCCGAACUCGUUCAUCAGGGCGUACAACACCGUCACUGGGCGCGGCAAGGAGAAGGCGGGCCCUGAGCCGCCGGCUCCUGUGCCGGUGAGCUCGACGCCGCAGAGGAUGACGAACGUGUUCGCGCUCGUGGAGAGGUUCACGUUCCGCCAUAGCUCGGCGGAUCUCGAGAGCCCGAACCCUCCGCCGUCUUUGCCCCCAGAGAUCCAGUACUGGGCGGGUGUCAUCAUGCGGAACGCUUGCAGGAAGGACGACAGUCGAGGUGGAAUCAGGCAAUGUGCCAACAUGCUCUGUGGUAGAUGGGAGUCGUUCCCGCGCGAGUUCGCCAAGUGCAGAAGAUGCAGAAAAGCGAAGUAUUGCGGGAAGGAGUGCCAGAGUCUCGCGUGGUCCGAGGGCCACCGCUUCUGGUGCAGCGCGAAGGACCCAGAGGAGGACGCCGAGCACGCCGAGAGCUCACGGACAGCCCAGAGCACGUCAACCGGCACAGUGACUGCAGACGGGGCAUCGCAGGCCGCGCGCAACGAGCGCCGGGCAGAACGCGAGCGCGAGCGACAUGCGCGGACAAUGGCAGUGGAGGCACUUCGCCAGGAGCGGAGGGAGCAGAUGAGGGGGCAGAUGAUAAAUGGCAGGAUGGGCCCGACCAUCGUGCGUCCUGGGGCCCCUGCCAUCGACGUCGGGAUCCGCGACGGCGUCACGGUCGUCACCCCUGGGGAUGACUCUCCUGAGGGAGCGAACCCGACGCGCGGAGACGGGAACCCGGACGACAUGAUGUUGGGCUAAUCGCUCUUCGCAUUGACACCCCCCUGGUCGCCCUCCCGCAAUGGGACGUCUUGCCCGUUCACGCCUGUCGACCAUCUGGAAUGCCAGACACCCUCGCAAUGGACUACACACAUAUCGCGAUUCGCGCUAGUACUGCGCUAUAACAUUCUUUGGCAAUGGUCGAUGAUCCUUUUCCUUUUCUUGUUGCCACUGCUGCUGGUGGAAUGUAGUACAUACCCGUCUGUCCCGCAUCGUGAUCUCUGUCCUGUUUCCUCCGCACUGUAGUUCUACACACAUACAAUCUACCGCAACGCAAUACAUUUAUUUCUAUUAGACCUGUGUUUCACCUACCGCGGC